AUGCAGAUUAAAGUCAGGACGUUGACUGGAAAAGAAAUUCCAAUUGAAAUAGAAGAGACAGAUCGUGUCUAUCGUAUUAAAGAACUCCUAGAAGAGAAAGAAGGUAUUCCUCCAGUGCAACAAAGACUAAUAUAUCAAGGAAAACAAAUUUCAGAUGAUGACACAAUAUUAUCUGCUCACCUGAAACCAGGUACUCAACUUCAUUUAGUUUUGACUUUAAGAGGUGGCUAUUGA